CGGCCAGAGUUGCUUGAUAUUUCACCAUGUUGUCCGUGACUCGAUGGGCCGCCAUUGCUGCCUCGCUCCUGCCUUUGACCCCGCGUGUCGUCGCCGUCACGACAUUUAGGUCUGAUCUGAACCAGGAUGCCCUCGCUGCACGAGCGGAUGAUGGCUGGCAUUGGGUGGCCACCUGGACGUCCAUGCCGCAGUUGGUGGAGCAGAACAACAUGCCUCCCUCGCCAUUCACGGGAGGUGGCGGCGUCUUCAAGGACGCCACGCUGCGUCAGACGCUGCAUCUCUCCAUUGGAGCCGAGCGUCUGCGAAUACAAAUCAGCAACACCUUCGGCGGCAGCGACCUGCCCAUUUCGGCCGCGUCCAUCGCACUCCCAGCGGGUGGCAAAGCCGGUGUGGCGGGCAUCGACCCAGCGACCCUCAAGCCCCUGACUUUCAACAACGGCUCGGCCUCCAUCACCAUCCCGCGCGGCCAGGUCGUCUACACGGACCCAAUCGACUUCAAAGUCUCCUCACAAACCAACAUCGCCGUCUCCCUCUACUCCCAAGCAGGCCAAUCCGGCAACGCCAUCACAGGCCACCCCGGCAGCCGGACGACCUCGUGGAUGCAGUCAGGCAACCGCGUGGCCAGCGCAACCCUCUCGGGCGGCACCAAAACAGUCCACUGGUACUUCCUCUCGGCCGUCGAGGCCUGGUCCCCACCAACCGCCCACGCUUUCGUCAUUCUGGGCGACAGCAUCACCGACGGGCGGGGCAGCACUGACGACGCCAACAACCGGUGGCCAGACCUCCUCCUAGCGCGCAUGCAGAAAUCCAGCAGUCCCAACCUCACGCACAUGAUCGCCGUCAACAACCAAGCAGCCGGCGGCAACGCGGUUCUCUCGGGCGGGCUGGGCCCGACGCUGCUGUCGCGCUACAAGCGCGACGCGCUCGCAGUGGCCGGAGUCAAGUAUGUCAUGAUCUUUGAGGGGGUCAACGAUAUUGGCAGCGGGUUCACGGACGCGGGAACGCAAAAUAGCAUAGCGUCGCGGCUUCAGCAGGCGUUUGAGCAGAUCGUGCGGGACUGCAGGUCUGCGGGCAUCAAGACGAUUGGCGGCACGAUUACGCCGUUUGGAGGGAGCGGACAGAGCUACUCGAACCCGACGAGGGAGCAGACGCGGGUCAAGGUUAACGAAUGGAUCUUAAAGAGCGAUGUGUUUGAUGCCACGGUGGAUUUCGCCGCGUUGAUUGGGGAUCCGUCGAUCAAGAGUCAGUUGGCGAGGCAGUUUGAUGGCGGUGACCAUCUCCAUCCUAAUGUGGCUGGGUUCCAGGCCAUGGCGGAUGGGUUUCCGUUGGGGUUCUUUGACUGA